AUGGCUCUCAAUUCUCGCUCCCUUUCCCUCAUAAUCCUCCCGAUUCUUGUCGCUUCCAUUUCUAUCGAAGUCUCCGCCGCUGCGGGCGGCGGAAGAGGUCCCAUUCUUGGUGGUUAUGAGCCAAUUGAUAACCCUAAUGACCCUACGGUCAUCGAAAUUGCAAAAUUCGCGGUGGCUGAGCACAAUAAGGAAGCCAAAUCCAACUUGAAGUUUCAAAAGGUCGUCAAGGGGGAAUCACAGGUCGUUGCUGGCAUUAAUUACAGGCUUGUUAUCUCCGCCGUGGAUGGAGCCGCAGUGCAGAAUUAUCUGGCCGUUGUUUACGAAAAGCCAUGGCAGAAUUUCAAAAACCUAACUUCCUUCGAAAAAUUUUCAGGUUAA